CAGAGUAAGGGGGCGUUAGAAUUAUGAAUGUGUAAACCUGACAUGACUGAUAAACAAAUUAAAAUGACGCUAAGACGUUAUUUAGACUUUUAUGUUGUUUUCUAUGUCUGAAGUGACCAGAUGUUGGAGUAUGGAGGAAAAAUUGUGGUAUUAAGUGGUUCUCUUCAUCUGAUGUGGAUAGUUUGAUUGGUUUAUGGCUCUCUCACGUUUUUUUCACCUGCAGCACCCACUGCGGGUGAGCUUAGCAUCAUUGUGCUCUCGCAGUAUGUCGUCAUUAGACACUCGAGCCCGGGCUGUGUUUUCUGCAGCGGUUGAAGGUGUGCAGCCGGACAUAGUGGUCCGCAGGAGUCUGGAGCGACAUGGAGACAAACUACUUGUAAAUGGACAGAGUUUCACACUUACCAAUAACCUUUAUCUGGUGGGCUUUGGAAAGGCUGUGCUGGGGAUGGCAGCAGAAGCGGAGAGGCUUGUAGGAGACAAUCUAAUUAAAGGGGUGGUCAGUGUGCCUCAUGGUAUCCAGAAAACACUACACAAUCAUGGAAAAGAGAAGAUGCUCCUUGAGAAUAACAGCAGAAUUACAGUGAUGGAAGGAGCAAAGAACAAUUUACCGGAUGCAGAUGCCCAGAAGUCAGCAGAGUGUAUUCGAGAACUGGCCAGUGGUCUGACUGAGAAAGAUCUGCUGCUCGUGCUCAUCUCUGGUGGUGGUUCUGCUCUUUUACCUGCUCCAGCCCCACCCAUGUCCUUGCAGGAGAAACAGGAUGUGACACGAAAACUUGCAGCAGCAGGGGCCACUAUUCAGGAGUUAAAUACAGUAAGGCGAGCCCUGUCAUUGUUGAAGGGUGGAGGUCUUGCCCAAUGUGCCAACCCAGCCCAGGUAGUGGCAUUGAUUCUGUCAGAUGUUAUUGGAGAUCCUCUGGAUUUGAUAGCCAGCGGUCCAACAGUCAGGAGUGACUUCAAGCCAGAGGAGGUCUGGGCUAUCUUGGAUCGUUAUAAGCUCUCUUACUCUCUUCCUUCCUCCAUGAAUGAGGUGCUUAGUAAAGCUAGACCCCAUUAUGGGUUGCAGGUGCAAGAACAGCAAGAAGAAGUCCAAGACCAUGUUUUAAACGUCGUAAUUGGCUCAAACACUAUUGCUCUUGAAUGUGCCAGCCGUAAGGCUGUUGAAUUAGGACUUCGACCCGUCAUUCUGUCUCCAGGAGUAUGUGGUGACGUUUGCUCUGUUGCACGACUAUACGGGCUGCUCUCACGUUUUGCGUGUUCCCCAGAAAAGGAAACUCCUCCAGAACUCGCUGCAGAGAUCCUUCAGCUUGGACCAGAGGUUGGGGUAGAAAGCUGGGACUUGUGUCGCACCAUGAACGUGCUCGUAGAGGAGAGGAAGGAAGGCUGGGGUGCGACCUGUCUUCUGGCUGGAGGGGAACCCACUGUGCAACUGACAGGAAAGGGCAGGGGAGGGAGGAACCAGGAGUUGGCUCUGCGGGUGGGGCUUGAGCUCAGUAGUGAUGAAGUAAAGAGUGGUGCGGUGUUCCUCAGUGGAGGAACCGAUGGACAGGAUGGCCCCACUGAGGCAGCUGGUGCCGUCACUGACGGGGAAUUGAUGAAAGAGGCCAUGUCUCAAGGUCUGGACAUCUAUGGCUUUCUCACCAAUAAUGAUUCGUUCACAUUUUUCUCACAGCUCACUGAAGGACGACGGUUACUCAUGCCUGGACUGACAGGAACCAAUGUGAUGGAUGUGCAUGCUAUGCUGCUGCCACCAUCACCCCAAAGAGACUUCCAAUAAUUUGACUCCAGGUUGUUUUGUGUUUGGAAGCAACAAAAUUAUGGAGGGAUAUUUUUUUCACUAAGGUGGUUCACUUUUUAAGAU